GGAGUAACACCCAAGUUAGAAUGUGGGACCAAUGUGCGACCGCGUCAGAGUACCGCCGGCUGCUUACAUCAGCGCGAAACUUGUCACUGCACUUCUAUUGGUCCCAUUUUGGAUGGUUGUGCAAGGGCUUUGUUUCUCAAGCAAACAUACUACAGAAAGAAAAUCUCAUCUAGGCCAUCUCUCUUCUUGCUCCUGUUCUCUUUCUCAGAUUUCUCUCGACCGCAUUCCACCCUGAGUGGGCCGGCAUGGCACCGAGUCGACGGCCUUCUGCUGCAGGUAUGAUUGCCUCAUCCGCCUCUGUCGCCAGCACGUCGCGUGUGCACAGGAGCCAAGAUUCACACUAUGGAGGCUCUCAACAUCCUCGGAAUGAGCAACAGAAGAAGAUCGUGCAGGUGCUUACUCAGAGGCUGAGGUUGCUGCUUCCCGUUCGGUCAGGAAAGUCAUUGCACCAGCUGGAGUCUGAUGGAGCCACGCGGCAGGCGGUCAAUGCCCUUGUCAGGUUAUCUCAGGACUCUUGGGAAACGAUUUCAUUAGCGAUGAGCGAGAUGCUGGAUGAACUUUUGAAGCCCGACCUCAAUAUCCCAGUUCUGCAAUCACAACUUUUCAUUAUGAAGGCUCUGGCUGCAGGCGUAUCGUCGAGGCCUCACAAUACUCCACGGUCAGGAUCCCAAGCUAGUCACCGAGCACCGGGGUAUGCCCCAGAAUCUCCUGUUCCAUCAUUCGCAUCAAGGUGGACGGCAUCAGUCAGUUCUCCGUUAGAGCAACCACCCAUGGAAGACAAUUGUGCCCGAUACCUACUGAUCUUGAUGGUCUCAUUUCUACGACAGUCUGCGCAAACUGAUCCGCCUUUGAUGAUGGACUGGAUUCCUUCAGCGGAUAUCACGUUCCGUGACUACGAACUCGCAAGUUCAGCAUUUUCGCCAGAAGGAACUGACUCUCCAACUGAUUAUGCCCACACGUUUUCUCAUGACCUCAAGCCACGAACAUCCUCUACCUCUGUCAAGUCUGGCAAGAUGAGCAUCACGUCUCUUACCUCGACCCGAACAGGCGUCGUCACGCAACGAACACCCAUGUCUGCUGUUAACUCAUUUCACACUUUAAACGGCUUGAUCGAAAAGUAUACCGGCCGGAUAAUUUUCCAUAUUUCUGCAUCGAAUUGGAAUGUAGUAUUUGAUCGACUACGGACCAAGAUUCGCCAACUCUCUCAGAACGAGGGUGAAUUCGACACCAUCGACAUUCAAUUAUUAUCGCAUAGUCUCCUCGAUAGAACACGGCUAGUGCAAGGUUUGAAUGAACUGUCGUCCCUUCUCGUUAACAUGACGCACGAAAUGCAUGCCGCUUUUGCAAAUCCUCUACGGCUUGCCAUCUGGAAUUGGAUAAGGAAUUGUCCUGCUGAGUUUAAUGACGUUUCCAAGGGACGGCUGAAGAUGGAUAGUGUUCCGGAGAGAGUAUUUGACUAUCUUUACCCAAGAGUCAAGUCCGGGUCCGAACGAACGAUGUGGCCCGCUCUCAUAGCUAUCCUUUUCCUAACUCCAGACAGGCUGUCUCAUGAUGUCUUUCCUGGUCGUGGACAGAAAUCGGACAAGUUUCUGGAAGAUAUUCGGCGGCAAAUAUCCACUCCAGCGAGGUUACGGGAACUGGGUCUGGUCUGCGCACUAGAUAUCUGCCGUGCGGCAAUGUAUAUCGAUCCACGCGAAAAUGAAGAAGUGCCUCUGCGCUUACUCGCGUAUGACAUUAUUCACGAAAUCAAGAGCGAUUUGUUCCACAAUACCACGACUAAACCCUUUUGGGACCCCCAACACGAAUCUCUUGACAUUUCGCUUUACGCUGACGUUUUGGUGUUUAUUUUCCGAUUUCUAUCCGAAGAAGAGUCCCUGCCGCUGUUCAAAGAAUGUGUUGAGCCUGAAAAGUCGGAAGCAGUGAAAAUCUGCGUCGUACGUGCAUGCAAAACUCUGUAUGAAGAGAGUUCGAUAUUUAUUUGGCAGCGGUCUCUCAAGAAUCUGGAACCCAUUAUAGCACGACGGUACCUUAAUAUACUGAAGACCACAUGCGUUCACCGGAGUGAGGUGGAUCAAUUUGGCAUCAUGAAGAGACCGGCUGGUCGUCCGAAGGCCAAAAGAACUCAUGAGCUUUCCCCUCUUCCCGACAGAGAAAUGCUCAUCCUUGCUAUACUUUCGCUAUGGCGAUUGUCUCCCGAUUUCGGUUUCAAGUACCUUAGUGAAGAAGAAAUUGAUUCGUGGACGACAGCCGUUGCAAGACUUUGGAAUGCACAAAUCGACCAUUCUGUCAAAGCGUCUCUAGGCACAUCAUCAAGGAAACUGACGGAGCAUGUUUUUGUGUAUCUUCCAACUGAUCCCAACGUUCCCAAGAUGACUGCAUGGUUGACAUACGCGCUGCCUAACACCCUCGUGGCUAUUGUCAAGAAUCUGCUGGAUGCUCGCAUAGAUGUCGAAGCUCAACGCCUGUGGAUAUCGAUGGCACUCGAUCUUUUGGGGCUUUAUGUCGCAAAAGUGGACGAGGAUCACGUCCGGCAGAUACAGCUUACUGAGAAGCGGGUUCCAGCUUUUAUAUUGGCCGAAAUUGCUUUCCUCGUCUCUCUCACCUCCAGCGACAACAAUGUAUCCUUUCAAGCAGCCAAGGGUCUCCGCCUGAUUUCCUACGCAGAGCGCCAACCGGGUGCACCUGCCAACCCUCUGAUCAAUGACGAAGACAGACCAAAGCGGCACCCUGUCUAUGAGCAAUUGGGGGAUCCAAACGUGCUCAUUCAUAGUCGUGUCGGCCACCAGAAGAGAAUCCGGAAACUCUUACGCUUGAUACCUUACGCCCCUUCUGUUCACAUUGCCGUUUGGACGGAGUGUUACUGGCGUUGGAUCGCGUUGAAUGAAAUGUUGCGAUCAGGCGAAGAUGCUACCAUCAAAUCGAGCGAAUUUUUGGGAGCUGCUACCGAUCACCGCUCUCAUUGGAACAAUCUCACGCUUUUUAUAGCUGCUCUUGGCGGGGCUUGCGUUGAGGAAGCUCCUGGUGCAGAUUUGCUCUCUGAAGUCAUCCCACAUCAGUGUCUUCCGGAUCAGUUUCGCAGAGCUCAAGAUGCUUCGAGCCUGGCACACAUAUUUGUCAACGAUCUUACGGUGAUGUUGCUCGAUGACGACCUUGAAGUUCGAAAUACUGCUCGAGAUGCCCUAGGGGCUGAGCUCAGUCCACGACUGUACAUUAAGUUGCUGAAAUUUCUCGAAGACGUCAUUCGCGACAUAAUGAAUAACUCUUUUGACGGUCAUUUGCAGUUUGAAAAUUUCCGUUUGCUGGAGGAGCAAGGUAUCGCUAUACUCAAGUUGAUGGUUGAAAGCAGCCAGGAUCGAAUGGACGACGUGAUAAAUCUCGACAUCACCACAACUUUACAAGAAUUAGCUGCCUGCCUCGAUCGACACAAUGGCUCAGAUGCGCACCGGAUCAAGAUCAAGUUCUGUACCCUCUGUGAUAGUGUAAAUGACCGUACAGAAGCUCUGACAUUGCGCAAAGACAACAAUGCGCGCCGAAGUAUUCUCAGUAUGGUGUCUUCUUGGAUUCAGACCACUGGAGAUGUCAUGUCGAGGACAGAGUUGAAUAUGGCAUGUUUACGCACAGUUGUCAAGCUCUUAGACCGUCUCGAGUUCAAGCCUGCCGAUCCUUCCGCCUCGGGAGAUGACGGGUCGCAUUUUGUGACUCGCGAGUUCAUCAAGUACUCGGAUGUGCUACUGUCUGGGUUAGAGGUUUGUCAAAUUGAUGUCCCGACAUCUGAUAGCGUCUCCGACGUUGGGUCCAUACAAAAACGCAUGCGUGCAUCACACAGAGAAGCCGAGCUUCGGGAGUUGGUUAUCACUGGCUUAUCACAUUUAGUCAGGGCUAACACAGAGACCGGAUUCAAGCAAUGCCUGCCUCUAGCUUAUUGCGAAGAUAAUCGUAAAAGAGCCAUAUUUGCUCAUGUCUUUGCUCGGGUGAUUGGUCAAGGCGCAAAGUUCGAAGCUACAGAACCGGCCGAAACAAUAGAUCGCUAUAAGCGCUUAUGCGAUUUGGUAACGGACCCUAAUAUGGUGCUGGCUCAAGCUAUAUGCGACACAUGUCCCGCGUCAGAAAUCGAUAACAUGAUCACCGUGCUGCUCAAUUUAUUCAACACUCGGGCGUCUUUGAUGGCCCUGCUCAAGGUGAUGGUUACGCGUGAAGUUUCGCAGACCGAGAACGUCGCUGCACUUUUUCGUAGUAAUUCUAUUGGGAACCGCUUUUUAGCUGCAUUUGCUCGUAUCCAAGGGCAUCAGUACUUGCGGUCACUAAUUGAACCCAUGGUUGUGUCCAUCAACAAUCUUCCGGAAGGUACAGGAUACGAGCUUGAUCCUUCGAAAGCCGGCAGCCAAGACCCACAUCAGAACCAGCAGAAUGUUCAAUUUCUGACAAAGCAAUUUUUAGAACUUAUUUGUGAUUCGCGCCCCGUACUCCCACCGAUGUUUCGAGAAGUGUGUGAACACAUUGCUAAUACUGCAGUAAACCGAUGGAACGAUGUUUCCCUGAAGACUACGUCCAUUGGUGCUUUCUUGUUUUUACGGUUUAUUUCUCCUGCCGUCGUGGCCCCGGAAACUAUAGGCAUACAGCUACCUAAUGAUUCCUCUCGUCGAGGUUUAAUGAUAAUUGCCAAGAUAAUCCAAAACCUCGCCAACAAUAUUCUUUUUGGGAAGGAAGCUUAUAUGACGCGUUUGAAUGACUUUUUGACAGAACAUAUCUUCUUUAUCACCAGAUUCCUGACUGUGAUUCUUCAAGGUCACACUGCUCAAGACGACAAAGAUGAAUGGGCGGGUGAAUACAUCUAUGAUGAUACCGACGUCAUCGUACUCCAUCGGUUCUUCGAGAAGCACGCAGACAAGAUUGGAAAAGAGCUUCUCAGCAUUUCAAAACCGUCAAUGGAUGGGGACUCAACAGGUGUUGCCGGGAAACGAGCAUGGGACGGUCUUUGUACCCUGCUGGUAGACCUAGGAUCGCCCAUCGAAGCACCUCGACUUUCACUACAGGCUUCCGACCACCACCGGGAAUAUUGCAACUUGAUGUUCCGAUACGCUGAUAAACCCACAACAAAAGUGAGGGAGCUCUUCACCGCUGUACGACGAUCGGGGGAUGAUCGGACUUUGUUUGUUCUAAGGCUUGCUAAACUAGACGUAGAGACGUUAGACGUGGAACUCUUGAUGCUCCAUAUCUUCCAGACCUCUUCCGAAGCGGUUGCAUUUGACGUGAUCGUUGACUGCACCGGGUUUAGUGCAAAAUCCGAGCUGCCGUUGCGGUGGGUGAAGUACUGCAUCGAAUUAAUACCUUCCGACAUUAAGAUGCGAUUCGCUGCUUGUUACAUGCUGAACGUCAAUCGCUUAGCGCAGAGGUAUCUGAAGCGAGUCCAGAACUUCGUUGCAGGUUCGCAGCUAUUCUCUUCUGUGUCAACUGCCACGUCGGUUGAGGAGCUUUCGCAACUGGUACCUGGUAUCGAAGUCUCUGACCUCGGCUAUCCAGGUGAGUAUCCGGAGCUGGAAGCAGAGGGAUACGUAACGUUUGAGAACGUCUUUUUGCUUCCUUCAGCGCGGCGCCAACGUGCUGUUUUGAGUGUCGGUUCCUCUCAUAUUCGAAUCAUAGCUCUUACACCUGGGCCAAGUCAUACCACUCAAGCUACUGAUAUCAUACCUAUGGCUGAAGUCAGCGAUUCCUACAUAACCGCUUCUCGGGAGAAUCACGAGUUCAUCAUUCGACGAAAUCGCAAUGCGCCAACAAUCUACCUCUCGUCGGACUCGCACGAUGAAAUUGUCAAGAGCAUCAGAUCAGCGAAAGGUCGCCUGACCGAGACUCAUUCGCCUUUAGGUGAUAGAUUUUCAAGGUUCUCCAAUGUACCUGCAACUCUGCUGCAUGUCGGCAUGCUCAGUGUUGACCUGAACGACGAGGAAGUCCGCACAGCUGCGUAUGAUCUCCUUGGCGCUGUCUGCACAUAUCUCGGUUAUGAUAAAAGCCCCAUCGUAGCGUCGAAAGCUGGCUUUAUUCCCGGAGACCCAAGCUAUUUUGUCUUUCAAUUAAGCGAGCGCAUCGCUGAGUUUGCUCCUCGACUUACCCUGGAUUUCAUCUCUGAGGUGUCAGCCACAAUGACCAUGGAUGCGAGGUCCGGCAGCCUCGUCGGACAAUCGAUAGCAUGCUUAUAUUAUCUGAGUCCCUGGAUAAAAAAUCUUCCCCAUUUCUCAAAUCCGACGAGUAAUCUCCAUGAACGAUCAGGUGCGAGACUCCGCGAUUGUAUCAGAGGAUUGGUUGAUAUAGCCUUGACCUAUCCUGAGUUGACUUCGGCGAUGCAAUGGCAUGUAUGGGCUGAAGUAGGAAAACUUGACUCGCAAACAGUAGAGCUUGUGCUAGACGAGUUAGUACGUUCUGCUGUCGAUGCGGGAGCUGGAACAACCCGCUGCGAGACUCAUGCGCAUAUCAUUGCUUCUUUGUCGUCAAUCAGUGUCCGGGGCAAAUUGUUCGCAAAGCUACGAAAGGCAAUUAUUAAAGCUGCUCCACGGCAUACGAAGUCUUUGGUCGAUAAUCAGAACUGGAAUGAAGUGGCAACGCUUAGCCGUAUCUGUCUCAUCGCUGGCUAUCAGUCCAAACAGCCUAGUCACAAUCAGCUUUACAUCCCUGAGAUUGUCCACAUCACUAUGAUGAUAGCUGGCGUAGGAUCAAUCAUCGUCCGGAAAGCAAUGUACGGCAUUGCAAUGAAUCUCUUGCAGUCAAUGUACAUUGCCCGAUCAGAGGACUCGGCGGACCCUUUACCGGAACUCAACCAGUUGUUAAAUGAGUUUUCGGAACCUGGAACGUUGGAACUAUUUGGCCUUCAUCGUGCAACAUCGACGAGCGAAUAUACUAGCUAUGACACGACGCAAGACGCGAUGCUCAUUGACAACUAUGAGCGUCUUGCCGGGCUACUGGUCCGAAUCCUUGAAGCUUCAGCCGGGAGUAAAGGAUUGCUCAAUGUAUGGCGUGCCCGUUGGAUGAGCUUGGUCACUUCGUCAGCAUUCCAAUACUCAUCGAUGAUUCAAAUGCGAGCAUUCACAGUGUUGGGAGUUUUGGCGACAUCGAACAUUGAUGACGACUUCUUCUAUCAAAGUUUGGUAGCAUUCUCUGCCGCUCUCACGGUAGUGGAGGAAACAGACACGGUUCCAGCUGUUGGAAUUUUACGAGCGUUGGCCAAAUUGGUUCCAGGACUCCAGAAUGACACACGUUUCCUAGCUCAUCUUUUCUGGAUGGGGGUCGCGUUUCUUCAGUCCGGCUAUAGGGACUUCUUCCCUGAAGCUGCCCGCCUGGUUCAAGUCACGCUGGAAGUCAUGGACAAACGAGAAGUGUUUAGGAAUGAACCUAUUUCGUCGUACCUGUUAAAUGCUCGGGAACAGCUGGAGGAUUACGCCUGUGUGUUAGACCAGCACUUAGGCUUAUCUUUCGACUCCAAUUUCUCAUUCACCCUUGCCGCUAUCAUCUUCAAGGGGCUUCGCGAGAGCAGGACAAAAGAUCCGGCUGAAGCGGUGCUACGUACAUUGAUUCGCGUCACUGUUCGAUGGAGCUGUUUAGAGCCUUUGACCAACGGCUCUGCAGGGUCAUUACAUCCUGAUGUCCUUGGAUAUUUCCUGGCGCUCCUUCCACUGUCCACUUCUUCCACGGAAUAUCGUCGGCUCCUGAAAGAUUGUCAAGUAGAUGAUACGUGGCUGCCAGAGGCUGGCGCAACUUCUUUCGAUGACGAGAAAAGCCUUCCUCGGCCAUCAUCCAUGUUCUUGGGAAUCCAGGAUGAUUCCACGCUUGCCCUUUUUGUCAUCUCCUUCAUUUCUGCGAUGCUCCGCAGUGCUCAUGGUCACGACGCAGAAAACGAGAUGUUGUACAGUAUACUCUCUGAUGUCGCGUCAGUGUUUCCCGAAGUCGUUUCCAUGGCGUAUGAGAAGCUCAAUAUCAAUCAUAUUUUCGCAAACUCAUCGAAUGAACACAUCAUACGAUACGUUUCCGACAUUAUUCGCGUUGCCUUGCAGGACAAUAAGCGUUGGAAUGCUCAGGGUGGGGCAUCUGUUAACAUGCCGGGUGCGACAGAGGAAGUGUCGUCCUCUACUCAGUGUCUGAAUGCACUGGAAGAACUCGGUAUGCCUGGGUUGGCAGAAUCAUUCAAGUUUGUCGCGCCGGGUGAAGGGCUUUCGUCCAUAGUACCUUAUUUGGUGCAGAUCGUAAACAGCAUCGCUCAACCUGUGGGCGAAUAGUAGUAAUUUGUACUCUUCCUCUCUUUCUUGGUGGUGUAUUUGUGAAUUUGUCUUCCAUGCUGCACUGUAUUUUACUACUCACAUAUUCUCAUGACUCAAUGAUGAAAGCAUUUUCUGGUGUGAUGUCU